GCAGCACCCAUCAUAUGCACCUUUGGCUCGGCAACGUCACACCAUUUACUCUGCAUCCACACGGACAUCAACCAGCAGCAUCACCAGCAGCAUCACCGACACGGCAUCGCCAACAUCCAUACACACUACCGCACACCAAACAAAACACACCACCUUUCUUCCAUCACAGCCACGCCACAGCAGCAAUCGUCCACGCCUGCACGCUAUCGCAGCGCACGAACACAGCCCUUCAGAUCGUCAUCAAAUCACAUCACAUCACACAACGAACAACGAAACCCACGAAUCCCUUGAGGCAGCCCAGCAGCCAGUUGUGAGCGAUCGCACACCAGCCAAGCGCGGCCGCGCCACAUCUUGUCACCAUUUCUGACACACCACCAAGAUCGACAACGUCAACGGCAUAACGCCCACUCAACCCCAACUCCAGCAACAAGCCCCAGCAACAGCGAAAAGUCUGACAAAUCAUCAGCCCCAACUGCUCCAGCUCUUGGCCCGUUACCUUCUGCAUCAACAACUGCCCCAAACCAACUCCAGCCCCACCCCGACCCACACGGUGAGCCAAUCCCAGCAGCAGCAGCAGCACCACCCCCCCCAGCAACCGUUCAAGAUUCCGGGCCCUGUGGCUCACCCGGCUCCCACCCACGGGAGCGGCGACAGCAUGUCAUCGUCAACCCCCACUGGAGGCGGCAUGGCAACCUCCUCCUACAUGGACGCCCUGCCUUCGACCUCCUCCGUCAUGUCCCCCUUGACCAAUGAUGCCUUCCAGCUCGGCUCCCCGAGCAACGGCGACCUGCUGCCGUUUUCCGGGCGAUCCCGCAUCGCGUCCAUCGGCUCAAUCAACAGCAACCUCUUCCCGCCAGCCUCCGACUCCUUUGACACAUACGCCGCCACAUGGCCGGGCAGCAAUGGCAACGGCAACAGCCACCUCGGCGGUAACGGCAGCGGCAACGGCGCAGGUCACACGGCCGGCGCACCAGACACCCAUGCCUUUGAAGGCUUCGAUGACCCCUUCUCCCCGACCGCCACCUUUGGUAGCAAGACGGCCGCCAAGAGCGGCUUCCCAACAAAGCGCGCCAACUCCAGCUUGGGCGGCACCGGUGCCAAGCGCAGUGGCAGCACCACAACAGCAACCGGCAACGGAGCCGGCAGCAACGGGCAGGGCUUCCUCGGCCUCGACUACUUGGAGGCCAUGCUUGCAAACGGCAGCAGCAACGGCAACAACGGUGGCAAGCAGCAGCAGCAGCAGCAACAGCAGCAGCAGCAACAGCAGCAGCUGCUUCAGCAGUCGGGGGUGCAGGCCCAUCGCCCACGCAAGCCGUCAGACACGUUUGACGAGACACUGCGCAGCUUGAUGGCGGCAACGAAGAACCACAGCGUCCCACCAAGCCAGCUGCAGCCCCAGCCCAUGCCUGCAGCCCACGCCUCAACAACGUCCGCCCCCUUCACGACAAGCGUGUACAGCGCACCCACAACGACAGGAGCAUCGACGACAGGACGCGGCCCCGCUGCCAAGCGCGGCAAGAUCACGGACCUCGACGGGACGACCGCUGCGAGCACAUACGCGCUCGGCGCCGACUUCAAGCCCCUGCCCAUGAACGUGGACAAGGACACCAGCACCGACAGCAGGCAGAAGGGCAAGGCGAAGGCGGCGACAGGUGGCACGCGGCGUGUCACGCGAUCAUCAACACGCCGGGCCACGCGCGCAGCAGGGCGCGGUGCUACUGCUGCUACCACCAGCAGCGAUGGCGGCACAACGUCGGCAUCAUCCAGCGCCACAUCGUCACCGGCCACCACGCGGCGCCGGCGGCCAACAGGCGCUGCUGGUGCCGGUGGCGCGAAGAAGCGGGGAGGCGCACGCAGGAAGCGUGCCUCUGUGAGCAGCGCAGAGGACAGCGAUGGCGAGUGGAAGUACAAGCACGUGGAGGUGUUUGAGUCUGAUGCCGCCGGCAACAUCCGCGGCAAGUCGCUGACGCCGGAGGAAGAGCAGCGACUACGUGACCAGCUCACGUUUGAAGAAAAGAAGUUGGCGGACAUGGCGCCGCGAUUGGAGGCCAUGUCGCCGAAGGACCGCAAGAAGGUGCGCAACAGGCAGGCGUCGUGCGUGUCCCGCCUGCGCAAGAAGCUGUUCAUCUGGGACCUGCAGAAGAACUACAUGCAGGCGACCAAGGACCUUGAGCACACGCGGCACGUGCUUGCGCAGCGAGAUGCGGAGGUGGAGCGGCUACGCACCCGUGUUCGCCAGCUGGAGCAGUCGCAGCAGCAGCAGUCUGUCGCCGCACACCUCUUCCCCUCCCACCAAUGAUCCCCUGAUCUCUGACUCUGAUGAUUUGGUGAUGACUGAGUGAUUGAUGGAGUGAUUGAUGGUGGUUGGCGGUUCUGCAUGGGUGUCCGCUACUGCUGGCGAUAACGACCACCACCACGGUGGCUGAUGGCCGAUGCCUGAUGAUGGCUUGUUCAUCAGCUUGCCAUUGUUCUCCGCUACCCAUUGUGACCCAUUGUUCUUCCUCAUUCAGUCAUUCAUCAACGUUGGGGGUGCCUCCUCCUCCUCCUCCUCCUCCUCCUCCUGCUGCUGCUGCUGUCGUAUUCUACCUCGUGCGUGAUGCGCCUGCGCCUUACGUGUUGCGCGUCGCCGCUUCGUCCACGUUCAUGCCUACCAUCAUACCAUGGACCGUAUUCUGGCUUGGCUCGCUUCUUCCUGUUGCAUCACACUUGCUUGUUUGCCUAUCUGCCUGUUCCUUGCCAUUUUGCUUGCACGCACUUGCAUGCGUGCUUUGCUUGUCGUGUCCCCUUUCUUAUGCUGUCUUGAGACGCUUUAACUGGAUCCCAACUUCCCUACUUGCCCGUUCGCCGCUGUGUAACCGUCCUUUCCCUUUGUGUUAUCCUCUCCCUGGUUUUCUCUUUGACAAUACUUGCGUGAUUGCUAGUUGGUGCCUUAUCGCCGUCACAUCGCGACAGCACAGCAAUGCCAGCGUGCGUGGUGAUGUGCGUGCCAUGUUGCAGAUGCUCAUAUAUCUUUAUCUUCUCCUUGCCUGUACCCGUGAUGUGGGGAAAUGUGUGCUAUGCUCUUCUUAUGUCUCUCCUCGCGUGUGUUUGCCACACUUUGUGUGUGCGUGUGCGUGACACUGGGCGUAUUCUUGUUCCCUACGAGCGAGCGAGCGAGCACUGCUCCCCCCACCACCAUCUGCACCUUGUCUGACCUCUCGAAUAGACGACAUCAUCAGAA